AGAACCGACUAGUUCUUCCGCCGUGGUACCGGUGCUAAUAACAAGUUAAGCUAGCAACGGAAACGGGCGGCGUGAAAUCUGCUGCUAACAUUUUUUUGUCGCACUACAGCUACAAAAACGGCACAUCUGAUUUUGGGAUACUCUACAAGAAGAUAUAUAAACUUGGUGAAAUGAGUGACCCUGCGCUUAAUCGAGACUGUCCCCUUGACUGCAAGGUUUACGUUGGAAAUCUAGGAAACAAUGGAAACAAGACAGAGUUAGAAAGAGCUUUUGGGUACUAUGGUCCUUUAAGAAGUGUUUGGGUUGCAAGGAAUCCCCCAGGCUUUGCUUUUGUAGAGUUUGAAGACCCCAGAGAUGCAGCGGAUGCUGUGAGAGAACUGGAUGGAAGAACCAUGUGUGGCUGUCGUGUGCGUGUCGAGUUAUCCACUGGAGAAAAACGCUCUAGGAGCCGUGGCCCUCCUCCAUCCUGGAAUAGACGCCCUCGCGAAGAUGUUAGGCGACGUAGUCCUCCAGGCAGACGCAGAUCACCGAAGAGGAGGAGCCUCAGCCGCAGUCGUAGCAGGUCUGUAUCAAGAGACAGACGCAGAUAUCGGUCUCUCUCCAGAGAAAAGACCCGAAAGCGCUCAAGAUCCAUCUCACAGUCAAGGAGUCGUUCCCAGUCUACCGAGAGGAAAUGAAGACGAUGGUAAUCUGCCGGAUCCUGCUAUGGUUGUGAAAAUACAAAUUUUUAUAGUCAUGUUCUUUUUAGAUUUUGUUUGCCAGCUCAAGGCAGUGUCCGGUUGGCCAAAUUACAUAUGUGUAAUAGCAGUCUGUUGAUUAACAACAAAGGACUGAAGUGUUUUUCGCCUUUUGUCUGUUCUGAUGGCUAGAUUUACCCAUUUUUACAGAAAAACAUUUUUUGCCUUUGAACUUACUCUAUGGAGCAUACAUUGAAUUCUGCUGUCUUACCCUGCAUGUUUUGAAAUGGAAUACUGGAUUUAGUUUUACAUUACCAUCCUGUGUGUGGUUUUUUUUUUUUUUUUCUUUUUUUUUUUUUUUUGUAAACCAUUGAAUUAAAGUUCAUAUGUUUUUAUUUGCUUUUUUAUUCAUGGUUGACUCUUAAAUUACUGGCAAUGUGUACCCUGAGCUGCAUCACAAAUUAUAUUACACCAGUGACAGAAAGCAGACUGACAACAAAUGUUGGAAAUACAGGUCAUUCACAGUAUCAUUGAAGCCUAAAACAUCAUCUGUAAUUCUGUGUUUUACCUAUAUCAGUUUUGCAAAAGAAGGCAUUUACUCUAUUCAACUUUGCUUGAUUCUCUGAGCUCUGGCAAUUUGUGCUGAUGCAGUUAAACAACUUGUUCAAUAAAUGUUUUUCUUAAGGUGA